AAUCAUGAAUACCCGCAACAAUCGUAACUGUCAGCCAUCCCCGUCUCCUUCUCCGCCUCAUUGUCAUCACCAGGCCCCUCCGGCCAUGGACCUUACUCAGCUCAUAGUCCAGUUUCAGAGAAUGAAUGCACCGACCUUCGCGGGGACUGAGAACCCCACAACAGUACUGGAGUGGAUCAAAGAGCUGGAUAAGAUUUUCGCUGUGAUGGUGCGUGGCAAGUUCCUUCACCAGAGCUUUUGGGAUAGGAUGGAUCAUGAGUUCUACCAUUUGCAGCAGGGCAGCUCCACUGUGGACGAGUAUAUUCGUACUUUUACCCGGACGUGUCUUUUUGCGGGUGACUCGGUGAAUACCGAUGCCAAGAAGGCCCGCAAGUUUCUCAAGGGGCUCAAUCAGAGGAUCCGUGAACUUGGUGGGGA